AUGAGGGCCCUCUUGUUCCUCAUCCCAGUUCUCUUCUUCUUCCUCCUCCUCCACAGCGCUAAACCCCCAGAGAAUCGCAAAGAGGUACAGGGUCCCGGUUCUCCGUUUCAGCAUGUAAUUGUUGAUGAUUUGGGUUACUGGGUGUUCGUAGGUAGUCAUCGACCGGAGCCUCAUCUCUCUGUGGCUGGCCAUCCCUCCCCUGCCUGCAGGAACCCUAGCGUGAAGUGGAAGAGAGACGAGUCUGGGCCUUGGCAACUGAACGCUUGA